AUGUGGAUAAGAUUUGUUGUAUUUUCUUUUUGGUUAGUCCUAUGUGUCCAGGGCCUGGACAGAGCCUCACUGCGCAGGUCCAGUGACAGCAGUGGCCGAUGCCAGUACAGCUUCAUCGUGGACAGUCCGAUGGAAUCAAGCUGCCCAGGCACAAGCAGCAGUGUGGAGACAGAAAAUCUGAAUGCUCGGCUGACGCUGUUGGAGGUGGUGGUGAGCAGGAUACUGGACGCUAGGCCAGUUACUAAGGCAGAUAUAAAGACAUCAGAGAUGGAGAACAUGAAGACUUUACUCCAGGAUAAAAAACAGCUGGACAGGCAGAUCCAGAAGCUGCAAAGACAAGUGCAGGAGCUUACAGAUGAGCGGGACAAGCUUAGAGAGAAACCCUGUCCUCUGGUGCAGACUGAACCAACCAACAGCUUCGGCAUCAUUACAGGCAAAGAUCCUGGCAAUAAUGGUGCAUACCAAGAGAUGAAAGCUGAAGUGUCGGAGAUUCCAGUUCCUUCUAAGGUUCCUGUUCUUUUUAAAGGUCAAGAGAAUGCGCAGAACAACGCCGGCUGUGGGGAGCUUAUUUCUGUUGGUGAGCCAAUAACCCAUCAAAAGGCAAACAGCAUCACAGGGAGGUACGGUGUGUGGUUCCAGGAUCCUGAGUCUCCAGGCGCCCCGUAUGGCCCCAGCACAGUAUGGCGCAUCGAUGCAGUGGGCAAAGAUGUGCGAGAGCUUUUUGCCUAUGAAAAUCUUGAACAACUCAGCCGUGGAUACCCCUUAAAGGUUCUGCUUUUGCCAGAGCCUAUGGAGAGCACAGGGGCCACUGUGUAUCGUGGCUCGUUGUACUAUCAGCGCCAACGGAGUCCCAUGCUCCUACGUUAUGACCUCACUGAUGAGAGUAUCGUUGCCCAAGCACCGCUGCCACAAGCCGGCUUCCAUGGCCAGUACCCAUAUUCGUGGGGAGGCUACACCGACAUCGACCUGGUCGUGGAUGAGAAGGGACUGUGGGCCAUCUACAGCACGGAAAAGGCCCGGGGAGCUAUUGUGGUUUCACAACUGGAUCCAGAAAGCCUAAAAGUGACCAGAAGCUGGGAAACGAACAUCCAGAAGAACAAGGUAGCCAACGCUUUUAUGGUGUGUGGUCGGCUGUACACUGUGGCUAGCUACAGCACCAACAGCACCAAUAUCAACUUUACCUUUGACACAGCCAGUGGGCAAAGCAAAGCUGUUGAUCUGCCUUUCCGCAACCAUUAUGGGUACAACAGCAUGAUCGACUACAAUGCAGCCAGAAGGAUGUUGUAUGCCUGGGACAACUUCCACAUGGUCACUUAUGAUGUGAAACUGGGAAAAACCAGCAGUUCACAAUGA